AGUCGGUGUACAAAUAAAAUGAUCUGGUCCAUUUUGCAUGUGCAUUCAUUCUCUCACUCAAACAGACAGUAUAACGGACAGUGUGUACUUGAUUAAAGCAUUUGCAUUGACUUUUGAUAUUUACUUUGGUAAUUUGAAAAUUGACCGUAUUGUAGUGUUUAUUGUGAUUAUAUCUUCGACAAAAAAAAUAAAAUAAUGGCUGAAGCGAUGGAGGUGGACGAUACUAAAAUUGGCGAUGAAAAUUCCAAUUCGAAAAUUGUGGAUGUGUCACCGAAAGAAAGUUUUUUAAGUCCGAAACAACAAAAGCGACUGGAUUAUUUAUUGGCACAAGCCGAAAUUUUCACACAUUUUGUGGGCAAUUCACCAAAGCAAGCGGCGAAACAAAAAAUGGCGCUUAUACGUGAAAAAAAGUUACCAUCAACAAAUCGCCGCCGAAAUAAAGGCAAUGACGAAGAAAGCGAUAUUGAAGACGAUGAAACGACAACGGGCAUACGAUUUGAUACAACCCCAACGUGGAUCAAAGGCGAAAUGCGUGAUUAUCAAUUGCGCGGUUUGAAUUGGAUGAUUGCAUUAUACGAACAGGGCGUGAACGGCAUCUUGGCCGAUGAAAUGGGCUUAGGUAAAACAUUGCAAACAAUAUCAGUUCUUGGUUAUUUGAAACAUUGCCGAUCAAUCAACGGUGCAUUUUUGGUCAUUGGACCGAAGUCAACACUUCGUAACUGGUACAACGAAGUCAAUCGAUUUUGUCCAUCGCUCAGAGCGCUCAUUUUGAUUGGCGACAAAGAGGAACGCGACAAGGUGGUACGUGAAAUGGACGAUCGAAUGUCAUGGGAUUGUCUUUUAACAACAUAUGAAAUGAUUUUAUCCGAAAAAAGUCGAUUGAAACGGGUUCAUUGGAGAUAUCUUGUCGUUGAUGAAGCUCAUCGUUUAAAAAACGAAAAUAGCAAAUUGAGUACAAUCUUGCGCACAUUUCAUUCUGACAACCGACUGUUGCUUACAGGAACACCGUUACAGAAUAAUUUGCACGAACUGUGGGCACUGUUGAAUUUUCUCUUGCCAGAUGUGUUUGCUAGUUCCGCUGAUUUCGAUACAUGGUUUGAUUCUGAUGACUGUCUCAGAGGCAACAAUGAGAUUGUCAAUCGAUUGCGGGCCAUUUUAAAGCCAUUCAUGUUGCGCCGAAUCAAGGCUGAAGUGGAAAAAUCACUUCUACCAAAAAUCGAAGUGAAAUUGUUUGUUGGUUUAACACCAUUACAACGUGAAACAUAUAAGAAGGUUCUACUGAAAGAGGUCAAGAAAAUUGAUGCAUUUGGCGAUGAAUCCACUAAAUCGAUCAGCAACAUUUUAAUGGAAUUACGAAAGGCGUCCAACCAUCCAUAUUUAAUUGAUGGCGUUGAACUUGGCCCGCCAUAUACCACCGAUAUGCAUUUAGUAACCAGCUGUGGUAAAAUGAUGGUAUUGGAUAAACUUUUGGCAAAACUAAAGGCACAGGGUUCGCGUGUUGUUAUGUUCAGCCAAUUUGUGAUAAUGCUCGACAUUUUGGAGGAUUAUUUAACGUGGCGUGGCCAUGAAUUCCGUCGUUUGGAUGGAAACACACCGUAUGAAGACCGUGCAACCAACAUCGAUGAAUUUAAUGCGGAAAAUAGCAACAUUUUUCUUUAUUUGAUUUCAACACGUGCAGGAGGCUUGGGUAUCAAUUUGGCUACGGCUGAUACCGUCAUCAUCUACGAUUCGGAUUGGAAUCCACAGCCAGACUUUCAAGCGAUCGAUCGGGUGCAUCGCAUUGGUCAAAAGAAACAGGUGCGUGUAUUUCGAUUGGUCUCCGAAAAUACAGUCGACGAACGAAUUGUUCAACGCGCUGAAAUAAAGUCCCGUUUGGAUAAAAUGGUAAUUCAACAAGGCCGUACGGUUGAUAAGAGAAUCAGCGAAAUAACGAAAGGCAUGAAACGAGACAUGAUUCGAUUUGGCGCUGAACAGAUACUAUCAUCAUCAGAUGGAUCCAAUGUAAUCGACAUUGAUAUUGAUAAGAUUUUGAAAAGAGGUGAAGAAAAAACGGCCGAAGAGAAUGCCAAAUAUGCCGAAAUGGGCGAAAGUGAACUGACAACAUUGACAUUAGAAGAGGCUUCAAGUACAUCAAUUUAUCAAUAUGAAGGCACUGAUUUUCGUACAAAACAAAAGAGAGGCGCCGAUGAUACAUACGAAUUGCGCAAACGAAAGCAAUACAAUUUUCCAAUGAUGCCAUCGUCGCCCAUACCAGUGCCAGCCAUUCCUCGAAACAUGAAACUUUUGCAUGAUUUUCAUUUUUAUCCAAAGGAACUAUACGAAAUGUGCGAAAGUGAUGGACGUAUUAAUAUGGCAAUCGAUCGUGAAACAAAAGAAAGUUUGAUGAGCAAAGGUUUUGUAAAUUGGUCACGAAACGAUUUAAAAUUAUAUGUCGACGCAAUGGCAGAAUGUGGGCGCGACAAUUUGACCGACAUUUUUGAAAAAGGUUUGAUUCCUGGCAAAACAUUGAAUGAACUGACUCAAUAUCAUCUCGUAUUUUGGCAACGUGGUAAAACCGAAAUAAAAACAUUCGAUCGCUGUAUUAAGCCAUUGGUGAAAAAAGAAAUGGCCGAAAAGCUGAUAGAGCAUUCCAUUGAAGCAUUUGAGUGGAAAAUGACUAGCUAUCGUUGCAUCGAAGUGGAACUUACGAUUAAAGGAAUGCGAAAAUCAAACUAUACACGUGAACAUGACACUUUCAUUUUAAUGUCAUUACAAAAACACGGCAUUCAUAAUCCAAAUGUCUACAGUUUGAUGCGUCGAGAAAUUUCAUUAUCAAAGCGAUACUGUUUCGAUUGGUAUUUACGUAGCCGCACGGAAGCUGAGCUUCAAAAACGCAGUCACGCCUUACUCCAAUUAAUCAUUGCCGAGUAUACUGAGCACAUGGCAAAAAACACAUCAGCCGCAUCAGAUACUGCAGUACAGGCCGGAAACAGUACACACAACGCCAAGAAGGGAUCUUCCCAACAGAAAACAAAGUUGAACAUGACAGCAUUCACAUAAUUUAAUUCAUACAUACUUUUAACGUAUGUGAAUGAAAAUUAUGUGAAUUGUUAGUUAAAUUUUUAAUUUUCAAAAAAAAAAAAAACAAAUCACCGAC